AAUAUAUUUCGACUGAACUUUCAAAAUUCAUGAAAUGCUGAGCACAAAAACAACUUAAACAGAGCCAAUAUAUAGUUUAUAGAAAAGUGGUAAAAAUGCCGAUACUUGGACAAAUGUUUUCUGCAAAGCUGGGUCCCAAUUUGAUGACAGCCUCCAAAGUGCUGAGAAGUCCUCUUGGCCAGGCGUUAGUCUCCUUUUUGGUGGGCUACUUUGUCACCACAAAGUUGUCGCAAUUUUAUGGCAAGUUCAAGAGGGACUCUGAGAAAUCCGAUGAGUCGACGCAGUACUUGGACAAACCCCCCAGGGCGGCCAGUGAGCCAAAGGACGCCAAAGGACACGAUAUCGUCCUGCUCACUCAGGAGGAGCUAACUGCCUUCGAUGGCUCGAGUCCCAGUCUACCCAUUUACACCGCUCUGAAUGGCCUCAUAUACGAUCUGAGUCCGGGCCGAGAAAAGUUCAGCAGUCACGGCCCCUACUCCCUCUUGGCCGGUUGCAAUGCCAACAAGGUCCUGAACAUCGCCUGCAGUUCCAUGGGCGUCUGCGCCGCGAACGUAAUACGUCGCUGGGAGCAGAGCCUAAGAGCCGAAUUUCAAGUCGUAGGAUAUGUAGUCGAUGCUGGUAUAGAUAUUUUUGGCGGGAGUCCGGAAAAACAUGCAGAUUCGGCCAAAGGGGAGCAAACGGAGCAAAGUGAUAUCGUUUGAGAUGCUGUGAAUAUCCCGUUUUCUUAGCUUGGCAAUAAAAUAUUAUUCACAGAAACUAGUAAUUUACUUCCAAGCUAACUGAAGGGGAUAUUCAGUGCAACCACGGACUAAAAAUGAUGGAAAAAUUACAUGUAACUUGUAGCUUAAGCUGUAGAAUACAC